AUGGGUCAAUUAGAUAAUGCUGAAGAUAUUUAUCGACUUUUACUUGAUCAGAAAAUAGAUGAUAAAAACAAGCCACCUAUUUAUGCUCAACUUGGUUUUAUAAAGAGAGAUCAAGGAAAAUACCAAGAAGCGCUUGCACUCUGCGAAAAAUCAAUUGCUAUCUAUCAAAAAAAUCUUCCUCCCAAUCAUCGCGAUUUUGCUUAUUCGUACGGGAGCAUUGGUUUGGUGCAUUACAACAUGGGUAAUUCUCCAAAAGCACUUUCAUCUCUCGAAAAAACCCUUGAAAUUCAACAACAAUCACUUCCUUCCAAUCAUCCUAGUAUAGCUUAUUCCUACGGAAACAUUGGUUUAGUGCAUUGUAACAUGAGUAAUUAUCCAAAAGCACUUUCAUCUCUCGAAAAAACCCUUGAAAUUCAACAACAAUCACUUUCUCCCAGUCAUCCUGAUUUGGCUAGGUCCUACAACAACAUUGGUGAAGUGCAUAGAAACAUGGGUAAUUAUCCAAAAGCACUUUCAUUUCAUGAAAAAGCCCUUGAGAUUCAACAACAAUCACUUCCUCCCAAUCAUCCUGAUUUGGCUAGGUCCUACAACAACAUUGGUGAAGUGCAUAGAAACAUGGGUAAUUCUCCAAAAGCACUUUCAUCUCAGGAAAAAGCUCUUGAAAUUCAACAACAAUCACUUCCUUCCAAUCAUCCUAGUAUAGCUUAUUCUUACGGAAACAUUGGUUUGGUGUAUAAAAACAUGGGUAAUUAUUCGAAAGCCCGUACAUUUUUUACGCAUGCUGUACAAAUUGCACAACAAUCAUUACCUUCACAUCACCCAAAUCUUGAGAAGUAUAGAAAUAGCCUCGAACGUGCAAAAAAUAAAUAA